AUGAGCAUGCUUGGCAACAAUGAGGACUGGGUCAAAUACGUCUACGGGUUCCCGCAAAUGAUGCUCAAGGCUGGUACAUACCCCCCAUUCGUACAUCCAACAGUAUAUCGAUGCUCCGAGGGAGAAGUCUUGGAAGCGUUGGCCAUCGCAUUUUGCUGCUUAGGAUCAUACAACGCCGCCAUGAACAGCAGCCAGCAUUUUGCACAUUCGCUCAUUAACAAGGAGCGUGAUCAGCUCGUCAAAGACUUUGUAAGUUCAUCCUGCAUCUUUGUUAGAAUUGCAUCGGUGCACGCAAUGUGUGUCUAUCAAAUCGUUAGCUUCUUUGGUCCAGGUCUAGAGCAAGCCCGAAAUGCCCAGUUACAACAACCAUGGCUACUAAAGGUAUUUGGCUCUAUUUCUGAAGAUCUCUGGUCGGGUGAAGCUCACGCUCGGCAGAUGACAAGACACCUCGCUCGACUUCAUACCCAGAGCACCGAUCUCUCCGAGCAGACUUGGUGGGAACCUUGGGCUUUGGGUGAAACUAUCAGACGAACAAUUUUGCUGGUCAACACCAUCAACUGCUUGUCGUGCCGAGUUGGUAGGCAAGAUCCCUACUUGUACGAGCCUCUUGACGAGAACCUCGUUUCGAACCUACCGCUGCCCGCACCCACGGCCUUGUGGAGAGCAAAGUCUGUCACAGAAUGGGAGACUCAAAGACUUUUGAUGGCGGAUCCUGACUUUGAAGCAUCACGGAUUACACUCGGGGAGACAUUCACUUCACUGUUGCAGGCGUCUCGAGCCAACAGUCUGAGCUGGGAUGGGCUGGACCAGUAUACGCGACUUGUGUUGGGUACUCUCCGCUUCAAUGCGGAUGAUCAGGUGGCUUUGGCAUGA